AUGGUCGACUACCGUGGCGCGACCGUCGAGGAUCUCCAGCUCUCGCCCGCCCUCGUCUUGCCCGUCUCCACCUCGAUUGGAACCGCCCUGCAGCUCGCUUUCGAGCGGGACUUUAGCAUCCUCCCCCUCCACUCCCCCUCUUCCCGCGCCAACCUCCUCGGCUGGCUCUCCAUCGACGAGCUGAAGCCGCUCGCAGAGCAAGGCAAGAUCGACCUUGACGCGCCCUUGAGUGUCUUGAUGGAGGGCGGUGCCGACAAUGAGGCGGUGAACGGGACGGGAAAGAAGCCGGUCAAGGAGUUCAAGAAGGGGAGGAAGUAUGAAGUCAUUACCCCGUCGACACCACUCGAAGAGCUCGAGACGUUCUUUGCGCGGCAGAAAGGUCCGGGAGGAAGCGGCGCUUUCUUUGCGCUUGUGACGGAUGCUGGACGGAAGUUCGUGCUCGGCGUCGUGACGAGCGAGGACCUCCAGAAGUUCACCCACCGACGCUUCCCCUCCAACCCAGCACCCGCGCAAUCGAACCCGACCGUCGCCCUCCCCCCUUCUCUCGCAGGAUCCGCCGCAGCAACGGCACAGCCUCUAGCCGUCUAG